AUGAGUGGAAGUAAGCGUGUUGCUGUGGUGACUGGGGCUAACAAGGGGGUGGGAUAUGCUAUAGUGCGUGGCCUGUGUAAGCAGUUUGACGGCGAUGUUUAUCUUACAGGUCGAAACGAAGAACUCUGUCUUAAAGCGGUGGAAGAUCUAAAGAAAGAGGGAUGCAAUGCCAAGUUCCACCAAAUGGACAUCACUAAGCUUGAAACUAUAAAUAAAUUAAAGACGUUUCUCCAGGAUAACUAUGGUGGACUAGACAUUCUAGUUAACAACGCAGGCAUUGCAUACAAGCAAGCAUCAACCGCACCAUUCUCCGAGCAGGCGGAAGUGACUAUCCGAACCAACUUCACCGGGACACUAGAUGUAUGUGAAGAGCUGUUUCCGCUUCUACGGCCACACGCAAGGGUGGCUAACGUAUCAAGUAUGGCAUCUCAAUUUGCUCUGAAGAAAUGCAGUAUAGAUAUACAGAAGAAACUUGUAGACAUUCCACAUAUUAGUAUGUCGGAGUUAAAGACAAUGCUGGACCAAUUUGUAGACGCAGCAAAAAAAGGAACAACUGAUGAAUCAGGAUGGCCAAAGAGCGGUUAUGGUGUCUCAAAGAUCGGAGUUACAGUUAUGUCGAUGAUACAACAAAGAGAGCUACUUAAAGAUGCCAGAACGGACAUAGUGGUCAACGCGUGUUGUCCUGGAUAUGUGGAUACUGAUAUGACGUCACAUAAAGGAACAAAAACCAUUGAUGAAGGUGCCGACACUCCUCUUUACCUAGCUAUGCUGCCUCCGGACACGACUAGUCCCAAAGGAAAUUACGUAUCAGACAGGAAAAUUGGCAAAUGGGAGACAACUCAAUAA